AUGAGUGCCAUGAUGGGGCGGAGCGGAAGAGUAGUGGGCGGGGCUCCGGUAUGGAGGAGAUGGCGGCUCCCCGGUUGGUUUUGGUGUUCAGCGGGAAGAGGAAAUCCGGGAAAGAUUUCAUCACCGACCGACUACAGGAGAGCCUCAGCGGUGACACGUGCGCCAUCCUACGUCUCUCGGGGCCCCUAAAGAAGCAGUUUGCUCAGGAACGCGGUUUGGACUUCCAACGUCUGCUGGACGCCAGCGAGUACAAAGAGACGUACCGAGCCGCCAUGAUCCGCUGGGGGGAGGAGAAGAGGAACUCCGACCCCGGCUUCUUCUGCCGCCUCAUCGUGGAGGGCGUGACCCAGCCUGUGUGGAUCAUCAGUGACGCGCGGCGGAGGUCAGACGUGGAUUGGUUCCUGUCAUCGUAUCGCGACGUCACCCAGACCGUGCGCGUUGAGGCGUCACCAGAGACCCGGAGGGCCAGAGGAUGGGAGUUCACCCCCGAGGUGGACGAGGCGGAGUCAGAGUGCGGUCUGGACACCGGCGUGACGUUUGAUUGGAUCAUCUCCAACGACGGCGAUCAGAGCGCCCUGGAGGAGCAGCUCCGCCAACUGACGGCGUUCAUCCGCAGCAAGCUGACCGCGGAGGUGUGACCGGACAUCGUACUUUGACCCCCCGCCCGUGGGAGUGGCAUCGCUUGUAGGCGGAGCAUCAUCGGCGUACGUGUCUCAGAUCGUCGCUCCAAAUCUGAAUAAUUUACAAUAAUUAUCUGUCGGGCUGCUGGGAGGAGCCAAGUGGGAGGAACAGUUCCUGUAUCCCGUGUAUUGAUCGCAGUGUACGGAUAAGGGGGGCGGAGCUGGGGGGUCGGCGCCGAUCAUAAAUACAUUACAGGUGCUGAUCCAUUCCUUAAAGGGCCAGUCCACCCCCAAAGUGAAGCUUCUGUUCUAGGUGGACCGGUUCUCAUUCCGCGUGCCUGCUGGGACUUGUAGUGCGUUGGCGGGUUGGCCCCGCCUCUAAACGCGUGUCUGUUAUUUAUUUACACUAAUAAAUGAUUCCAAUGAUUU